AGUUAGUGGGGUUUGGUUAAUUGGUAAUUCUAAAUUGCUCAUGUGUGAAUGUGAGUGUGAAUUGUUGUCUGUCUCUAUGUGUUGGCCCUGUGACAGAUUAGCGACCUGUCCCGGGUGUGCUUUGCCUCUCUCGCCCUAUGGUAGCUGGAAUACGUUCCAGCCCCCACCAUGACCCUGACAAUUAUAAGUGGAAGACAGUGGAUGGAUGGAUUGAGAUCAUAUGUAACCACAACACUGCUUUCCUAUCUUCACAUCUGUCCAGAUCUUUGCAUGAAAAUAAAAUUGGUCCUUUUUAUUCACCUAAAUUAUCUUUAAAGAAAAAUAAAAAUAUUUAAAAGAAAAAAACCAGUACCAAAACCUAACUAAACAAAAUUAUCAGGACACUGCAUGACAGGAUAACAUAUGGUUUGUGCAGUAAGUUUACCAUUUUCCUGAAAGAUUUGUUACUCAACUUCUUUAGUGGGCACACGUGGUGUAUGUCUGCAAUGGUACUGAAUGAUUCAUGCUAGCAAGCACUGCAAUGGUUUUCUUGGCCUUCAUGCAUGAAUUUUACUGCAGUUUUUGGUGUCUUUUUAGGUGAUUGAAGUUGUGUUGCUUUGCAGUACAGACACAUAGAAGUAGCUGCAUAUGAUUUGUUCCAGGACACUUGUGCUAAAUCCAAAGGAUUCCCAAGCAACAGAUGAUGAUGUUUUGAGGGACAAGCUCUUCAUAUCUGUCUUUCAACAUAGUGUUACUCCAAAUUAGUCCAGGAACCGCCAACAGCUGUGAUUAACACAUGGAGGCAUGUGCCAAUCACAGUGCUUGAUUUGUUUUUACUUUGGAUUUUAAUUGGGAGCGCACACAUUUUAAAUAUUGCUCUUAUCAUGUUCAUUUAAUUGCGGGAAGCUAAAGUUGCAGUUAUACAGCCAUCUGUAUAGCCUGGUGGUGGCUUUGUGAUGCUUUGCGGCUGCAUUUCAGUGAGUGGUAUUUGUGAUCUUGGCAUUUACCUUUCUAAAACAGUUUGUUGUUGCAGUGGGAAGUGGGGUUUUUUUGCAUUCAUGGUUCCAGUUUUUUCUUAAUGUCACUAUGUAUGUUUGCUUCCUUUUCAAAAACACAAGCAGUAUAUCUCAGUUACUGUAUAGGCAAUAAAUCCCUCAUUAAAGUUAAUUUGUGCAGAAACGUUUCAUCACUCAUCCAGGUGACUUGUUCAGGCUCAGCAGGUUUUCCCAACCGUAUAAACAGGACAUUUGCAUAAUAACUGAAACUAGCACCACUGACAAACAUGGGCUGUGAGGUCAGUUUCUUGAUCAUUAAGCAGUCAGCUGAGACGGAAGAAGUCACUUGGAUGAGUGACGAAACAUUUCUCCUAUGGAAAAUGCUACAUCCAGAUGAACAGAGUCAACUUUUUGAGAUUUCCCUACCUGAAUGAUUGAGCUUGCAUCAAUUUGUGCACUUAGUUUAAUAGUUUCCUUGUAAUGUAGGGCAGAUCCUGCUAAUGCAUAAGGAGCAAGGACACUGGUCUGUUGUGACUAAGGAAAAGGAAGUUGGAAAUGCUGUAGCUGAAGUAGAGGAAAUGAAACGCAUGGGAGUAAGCAGUACUUCAGUAACACUUCCUGUAAUUUAGGACUUGGAAAAAUACACUUUUUGCUUUUUGAUGAGCAAGAAUGACUCACUGAUAGCUGUUCUGAUUCUACGGUGCCUCAUUACUCUGAGUCUAUUGGGAACUACAAGGCUGAAUUCCUUCAACAUGUUUUGUUCAGAGGUGUACGCAGAAGCAAGACCUGAGGUUUUCCCUGGGACCAGAACACACAGUUCAGAUCGAACCAUGGACCUCGGUCUAGCUGAGGAUCACUUCUCAAGGCCUGUGGGUUCUUUUGUGGCAUCAGACAUUGAACAGCUUAAACUGGCAAUAGAAGAAUGUAAGAAGCUGAUCUUGGAGCUGCCAGAGCAUUCAGAGAGACAAAAAGACAAUGUAGUGAAACUUAUCCACCUGCGCCUCAAACUGCAAGAACUUAAGGAUCCAGAGGAAGAUGAGCCUAAUCUGAGAGUCCUACUGGAACACCGCUUCUCCAAGGAAAAGAGCAAGAGUGUGAAACAGACCUGUGAUAAGUGUAGCACUAUUAUCUGGGGCCUUAUCCAGACUUGGUAUACCUGCACAGGAUGCUAUUAUCGUUGCCAUAGUAAGUGUAUGAAUCUGAUCACUAAACCCUGUGUCAGGUCAAAGGUCAGCCACCAGUCUGAGUACGAGCUCAGUAUUUGUCCUGAAAUAGGACUAGACCGGCAAGAUUACCGCUGUGCAGAAUGUCGUGCACAAAUUUCACUGAGGGGCGUACCUAGUGAAGCCAGACAGUGUGACUACACUGGCCAGUAUUACUGCAGCACAUGUCAUUGGAAUGACACGGCCGUCAUUCCAGCUCGUGUCAUCCACAACUGGGAGUUUGAAUCAAGGAAGGUCUGUCGCUCCUCAAUGCGCUACCUGGCCCUGAUGAUGUCACGCCCGGUGCUAAGGCUGAAAGAAAUAAACCCGCUGCUAUUCAACUUUGUGGAGGAACUGGUUGAAAUCAGGAAACUUCGUCAAGAUAUUCUGUUAAUGAAACCCUAUUUUAUCACCUGCAAGGAGGCAAUGGAAGCUCGGCUGCUACUACAGCUACAAGAUCGCCAACACUUUGUCGAGAACGACGACAUGUACUCACUACAGGAUUUGAUUGACAUUUCCACUGGCAGACUGAGCUGUUCCCUCACAGAGAUCCACACCACAUUUGCUAAGCACAUCAAACUAGACUGCGAGCGCUGUCAGGCCAAAGGAUUUGUGUGUGAGCUUUGCAAGGAGGGAGACAUCCUGUUCCCCUUUGACAGUCACACCUCAGUGUGCCAUGACUGCUCUGCUGUCUUUCACAGAGAUUGUUACUUUGACAAUUCCACAACUUGUCCACGAUGUGCACGAAUGACUGAGCGUAAGCAGGAUGAAGAGGAGCUGGAUGUGAAAGAAAGCUAACUCUGGAAAGGACCCUGGGAUUUAAGUGGAUGCUG